CCGGCGUUUAGUAUCAUAAAGCGGUUGAAUGAGACAGAAGAGAAAAACGUGCAAACAUUUACGAAAAAAUAACAAUGUCUGUAUCUUCACAAUUCCUAAGAAUUGUUAGAUCACCCCUUUGUAUAUGCAGAUACCAUCAAGCUGUUCUACAGAAAUCAUUGAGAAGUAAAUCGUUUCAGCGAGAUUACAGUACUGAACCCCUACCACUUCCAAAUCAAGAUGCAGAAAAACAAUAUUCACCUAAAAUACAAGGAAUUGUAAAUGAGAUAGGUCAACUAACUCUAUUAGAAGUAGCAGAUUUAAAUGAAUUAUUAAAGAAAACACUAAAGAUACAGGAUGCACCAGUUAUGGCAAUGGGUGCAGGUGCACCUAUGGCAGCACAACCUAAAGAGGAAGAGGAAGAGGAUGUGGCUGCGGCUGCACCAAAAAAAUCAACAUUUAACGUUAAAUUGACUGGUUUUGAUGCUGAAAAAAAAAUAGCACUCAUUAAAGAAAUAAAAACACUUUUACCGGAUACAAAUCUAGUGCAGGCAAAGAAAUUUGUAGAAUCAGCACCUGUGGUAGUACGAGGAGAUUUGUUGAAGGAGGAAGCAGAGGAACUUAUGAAAGCCCUUGAGAAAGUAGGCGGCAAGGCUGUGCUAGAAUAGACUUUCAGGAAUCUAAAUGGCUAGACCAUUCACAGAAAUGUUCACAAUAUCAUUUAAUUGGAUGGAACACUUUACACCAGUUCAUUUACAAGUGUCGUCCAGACAGUGAUAGCUGAAUUAUACAUGUUGUAUUAACUAGGAUGAAUGUGUGUGAACAACAAAAAUAUGAUAGAAAAUUCAUUUCAGGAAAAGUGUAUUGAACAUUUACCGUUCUUGAAUACUUACCUAUUUACUGAUCAGUGUUUUUGCCAUAAAGUAAAAAGAGCAUAUAUUGUUUGUUUCCAGUUAUGUCAAGUUCUGAAUUGAAACAUUUUUGUCUGUUGCUAGUAUUGCCAGAAAAUCACAACUGUAUGCAAGUGUAACUUCCUGUCAAGGUGGAAGUAGCUGAUAUACUUUGUAUAUGAUUUUAUUUAAUGUUUAUGAUACUGGUGAAACUUGCAUGUGAAGUGUACUAUUGCAGAAGUGACAUUUUCUUAUAGUCUGAAUAUAAAUAUCAUGCACAUGGCCUUCUAAAAUAGUUUGAAAAUAGUACAGUAUGCACAGACCAUCUGUAGCUCUGGUCAACUGAAACUGUUUACUUCGAAGUUCAGUGCUGACAGAAUCUAAAUCAAAGUGAUGUUAUGGCUGAGUUUAUAGCUGUAAAUAACACCAAGCUAUUUUUGGAUAGUGUUGACAUAUGUAACACUGAUGAAAGAUGUACUGUUUCUUGAAUUGAUCAACUGAAUAUGCACUUGUUUACAAAAACUUUUAAUAAAUUAAAUGUUUAUAUAAUAAAAUUUCCAGUUUUUGCUA